CAAACCUAACCUUUCAACUGUUUUAGGAAAGAAUCCAAGUAGUUCGUGGUUGCAUUUGAAAAAAACACAAAUAUUUUACACAAAUAAUAUAACAUAAAGUAAUCACAUUGUUUAAAAAUCACAAUCGUUUAACUUUUUAAAAAUUUUCUAACAGCAGUGAUGCAACUGUGUUUAACCCGCCGAAAAAAAGCAAUCUUGCGCAUAGAACGAUGCGCAACCAUUGGUCAUCCUUGCGCGCGGUACCUUCAAAAUGAAUAAAGGAUGAUUGCAUCGCGUUCACCGAAAUGAAAGUUCUACCAUGUCCCUGUGCGAGUCCUUACGAACACGACCAACUUGGCCUCUGCCAAGUGGGGUACAUAACAAGAAGGGGGAUGCAGGAACUCAUGCGCGACAUUCUCCCAAGACAUUUAAAGUGGAACAGUUCCUGGUUGUAUCUAGUAAAGACGCUACGCGAAUCUUUUUCGAUAAAUACCGAAUUUUCUCUCUUUUGUAAAUGAUUAUCUGUGUAUAACAUUACAACAAACAGUGUGAAACUAGUGAUCGAAAUUCUGCAAGUAUUAAUCGCAAUGUCGACGAUGAAAAUGGUGGUCUUUCUAGUUGCAAUAGCAGCAACUAGAGCUUUGCCCCUCUCGAAAGUGCACGUGAAAUUUAUUUCUCCUCCGCAUGUUUACGAACACGGUAUUACAACAGAUGGAGAUAGAACAAUAGAUCAGAGAUCUUACGUUUCUAUUGGAAGAAAAAGCGCAACGGGAAAUGCUAAAGAAUAUGGACAACGUUUACGCAACAAAGAUAUCGUUGCUCCGAUUCAUAUUAAACCGGAAAAUGCUGAAUCUCUGUGGCCUGUAGGCGUUUUCAUUCCACCGAUAGAUAUCAACGAUCUCGGCUAUAGUUCACAAGAAUCAAGACACGCGACACCUGAUUUCUCCAACGGACUUGAAUAUCAUGAUCCGUAUCUGUUGACCGGUGAGGAAGCGAUGCUAGCUGUAAAAUAUUUAUACGAUCAAGGUGAAUUAUUUUAUGAUGAUAUUCCUCACGAAAGAGCAUUGUUAAAAAAUCAAGAAGAAAGGAGACGAAAUGGCCUUCACGAUCACAUAUUAAGAAGUUUAAGGCUAACCUCUUCAUUUUCUAGGAAAUCAUAAUGUACAGGAAUUUUAUUUACACUAAUUUUAUUUAUUUGUGUAUUGACUAUUGAACGUUAUAUCAUAAAAAGAUGGAACAUCAUAGGUGAAAUGUAUAUGUUUGUGCUUAUUAUCGUUUGAAAAAAACAAGCUUGUUUCCCAUUUUAUAAAGUUAAUAAGAAUAAUUAUAUAUAUAUAUAUAUUUUUUUUUGCACAGUCGGAAUUUCAAUGUAGCUAUAAGUGUAAUGAGAUGACUGUGUAUUGCGCUAUUAAUAUAAUAAAACAUUGUAUCAUUUUCUGUACAAAGUUUUACAAAUAUUUAUUAUGUAAAAUGUAUAUACCUCAGUUUCUUGUGAUUAUCAUACAUAAAAAUAGAAGUUAUAAAUAAAAUUAGAGUAUAUUUUUACAAAUCUUUUGUUUGUUUAAAUGCAAUAUCAACAGAUCAAUAUCUUGACUAAACAUGAAAAUUACAACUAUCACAUGUCAUAUACGUACAAAAAUGA